AUGAAAACCACGAUCAGCACAAAUGCCUUACCAACCAAGACUCCCAAGCAGCCAUACGGCGUCUUUCCACCGGAGCUAUGGCUCGAAAUCACGAAGCAAUGUCCCACACGCUCUUUAAAAACCCUCGCUCUGACCAACAAAUACCUUCACGCUAUAUCUUCAGAUCAACUUCUUCGAACCGUGAUCCUCCUCGGUGAAAACUCUCUCGGCGAAUUCAAACUGGAUCCAUCUCUCGACAAAGCAACUCUGAUCAAAGAUCCAGCUACAUUCAACCGCCUGGUUCUCGAACACAGGAGCUUGCGCUGGUACAAAGCCGUCAAGACCGUCUUUGUUGUAAAGAACGAACGUCUCUAUGUUACCAGGCGUUCUGCAUUGCCGUUGGUGUGCUAUUACAUCACUUGGCAUUAUGCACCGAGAGAGCUUGUCAAGUAUACGUGGAAGGUAUGGGUCAAGAGCCCUAUAGUCGUCACGUUGUGGCCGCCAGAAACGUGGCCAUUCAAACAUUCGGCCAUGCCCCGUCUGGAAGGGGAUUUCCACUAA